UCAACUUAGGUAUUAUUAAUGGCAACACAUAUUCUUAUGUCAUUGUUACCAUUUGCAUUAUUGCAGUUUGAUUAAUCUAAUCCAUGAAUUUGUCAUCAUCGUCUGACCAGUUAUUUGUGAAAAACAAAAAAAUUGUAGCAAUUCAAGCAUUAAACUUUCAGUGAAAUUAAGAAAUAAUAUUUAUUUCUUUCGAUGGUUACGCGUAUUUAAUAUCAUUGUUUUUUUCGUUGUGAAUCUAUUAUUGACAAAAAAAGAAAAUGCCUAUUUUAUUUAGUGUCGUCGCCCGUGGUACGGUGGUUUUAGCCAAAUAUGCUACAUGUGCGGGUAAUUUUACUGAAGUAACGGAACAAAUUUUGUCUAAAAUUCCACCCCACGAUGACAAACUUACCUACUCUCAUGGAAAUUAUCUGUUUCACUACAUCGCAGAAAAUAAAUUGGUUUAUUUUUGUAUUACUGACGAUAAAUUUCAACGUUCGAGAGCAUUUCUCUUCUUAAAUGAAAUUAAAAGGAGGUUCAUAUCAUUAUUUGGAGAUACCGCCCAAACUGCUAUACCUUAUGCCAUGAACAGUGAAUUUGCAAGGGUCCUCGCUACUGAAAUGAAACAUUACAGCGAGUCAAAAGAUUUGGAAACAAUAUCCAGGGUCCAUGGGGAGUUGGAUGAACUCAAAAAUAUCAUGGUGAAAAACAUUGACAACAUGGCAAUGCGUGGUGAAAAAUUGGAGCUACUUGUGAACAAAGCUGAUAACUUAGCAACAAGUUCUGUUUCAUACCGCACAUCAGCGAGGACCCUGCAACGUUCGCUGUUUUGGAAGAAUAUUAAAAUGUAUGUUAUUCUGGCUCUCAUAGCCGCUUUAGCUAUAUAUUUGAUCGGGGCUAUGGCAUGUGGCGGCCUCGCUUGGAGAUCGUGCGUCGGUUAAACCGAUAUUGUUCCUAUAUCAAAUAUCAUAACAUACCACAUAUUAAUAUAUCAGAUAAAUAAAUGAGUUACUUAGUGAUUUAAUCAUAUCCAAAUUUUGAUCAUGUAAUUGGAACAGAAUAUUAAGGGUUAAUUUCACAUGUUGUUGAUGAAGUUCUAGAUAGUUAUCAUCAUAUCAGACAUAUAACAGUAUCUAAUAGAUAAAAGGUUUUAAUAUUCUUUUUUUAAUUAAUAGUUCCGGUGAAACCCGACAUAAAUUAUUUUACCUUGUAUUGAUAAAGCCUCCUUGAUAUAAUUAGUAAGUUAAGUGCAUGAUAAACUUAUUAGCAACCAGUGAAAAUGGCCUUAAGAACGAGAUCAUUAUAAAUUCGUUGUAAAUGUAGUUAUUAGUAUAUUUUGAACGCACCCCUGUAAAAAAUAUUGGUACGAUCCUUAAAUCAGGGUCUUGUUUAGCUUUUAUAUUUUAUAUGUAUCCAGUUCGAAUAGAAUAUUUAUUUUAAAAAGACUAAACAUAAUCAUUUCGAUUUAUAAAAUUAUUUCAACCUGCAAUUAUUGUUGUUCAAUAUUUUGUUAUUUCUCGCAGUUUUGUUGAAAUCAAUAACAGCUUAUUGUUCACUUUUAAGUACAUAUAUUGAAUUAAAGAUUUUCUGUUUACCAGUGUGUGAUUGAUACUAUUGUAGUAAAGAACUUAGUUUUUAAUUAAUUCAAAUAAGAGAAAUAUGUCACUGUAUUAUAACGCCUUUAAAAAUGCACAUUCUUAGCCCACGACACAUAUUUGAAGAAUCUGGAAUAGUCUGGCUAUAUAUAAAAUUUUCUAAAAAUAUUUAAAAAGUUACUAUUCAAAUAAAUUUCAAUGGUUGUUGGCAAAGAUUUUAUAUACUUACAUGACAUAUACUGGUAUACAACAUAAAGUUCCUGAUAACUUUUUGCUGUUUCACCAUCACUUAACGGUUCUUUAUCAGUCAUCUUUUGCAAAGUAAAACCAAAAGUUGUAUAUUAUCAGUUGAGGUGAAGGCCGAUGCAUAAUGACCGAAAUAGUUUGUAAUAGUAUAUGAAUAACAAAUGCAAGAUAAACUAUUCCAGAAUUAGGUCUUGAAAUUGGCCCGUGAAAUUAGCCCUUACAGUACUAUAUAUACGAUGAAUAUUGCGUAAGCGUGCUAUCAACAAAAUGUGUAAUACAAUGUUCGAAUUUAAUGUACCAAAAAUGGAAUUUGAUUUUAAAAUCACAUUUAGGGUUAGUCCCUGUGUUGUCUGAUAAAAGAAAACGGCCUCUUGGUGUGGAAAAAUUUGAAAAAUGUUGUAUAUGGUGAACAAAAAGGGAAUAUACCUUAGCUAUUUUUAGUUUUUGUCAACAAUAUGAUAUCUUUUUGUUUUUUGCUAUAAAAAUAUUCAAAUUAUUAUACAAACUGAGACUUACGACUUGUUCACGAAGAACUAACACUACAGAAUGUUAAUAAAGAUGUUAUUGUGUAUAAAUAAGUAUCAUAUUAAUUGAAUUGAUGCUAUGUAUUUAAUUUUUUGUGUAUUAUUUCAAUGUGUAAAAUAAUGAGUAAUUAUAAAUAUCCCAUUUACCUAGACAAAAUGGCAUUAACAAAAUUGUCAAUCCAGUUUUUUUAGAUAUAACUUUUUCCACCUGAAAAUCGUUAUUAUUUGAAUUUCCAGUGAUUUUUUUAUUAGACGAUCCGCGCGGUUUUACCCGCUUUGAUGUUAUUAAGUGCAGUUCUUUAAUUAAAGUGUAUAAAUAAAAUAAAUAUAACAAUAGAAUCAAAUUAAAUAAUAUAAUAAUGUUUUGGCAACAGUAGCAUAAGUACAGUAAAAAUAUUGAAUGUAAAUAUUAAAUAAACCCUGUUGCGAUUUUGUCAUAUGUGUUAAAAACUACCCACAGUUGCGUAGCUAUCACUGUGUCAGUUGUAUCUUAUAUGAGGCCUCAAAGUUAAGGGCUUCAUUAAAACUCAAAAAGGCAUAACCUUAAAGGCUUAUGUCCAGGACCACGGGCUAUACCUUAUAUCCCAGUCAGACAAAAUAGGCUUUAAAUAAAUUUUGAUACGGUGCCUAUUAAAAAUACUUACGCUACUGUAUAUGUGUGUAACUCCGACAGUGAAGUAUUUAUAUUGUUAUCUUGGACAUCCACGCCAUUUAAACCAUUGUAUAAAAUAUGUAAAAGAUAAUAAAAAAUAUUUCUAGUAUUGAAUGAAAGUAUGAUUUGAACUGUGCAUCAUACUUUUCAAUGCAUCUAGCGCCAAAGCUCUGAGUAACAUUUCCAUUUUUGUUUUAGCUAGAAAUAAUAGUUACUAUAUAGUAUUAUCAUAAACAUUCAUUUACUUUUAAAUAUUUACAUUUAGUGUACGGAAUAGUUAAUUAAAGAAAUGUAAUAAAUUUAUUUCAAAUUAUUAAUAAAAAUUGUAUGUACCUAUAUAUUGUGUGAUAAACUGUUUUAUUUAAAAAAAAAAAGAUUUAUUUCAUGCAUUAUAAAGACUUUUAAAAGUAUUGUGAUAUCUUUAUAUUGUAAGUAUAAUACCCAUUUGUUUAAUAACCACGUGGAACCAUGUUAUAAAUUUGUAGAUUAUUAAAAA